ACCCCCGGGUACAGAAACUAUAAAUUCCAUCGCCGGGCAUCUAAUUCUCUUUCUCUAAUCAUUUACAGAUCUUCUUUCCCCAAAAUCUUCUCUUCCUUUUCCUCCGAAAACCUCAUAAUUCUACCCUCCCUUGACCGCCGGAGUCACAGCCGGUCUUCUGAUCUCGAGACCGUCUCAGAUCGUCUAUUCUCUCUGACGAUUCGCGCGCGUUAAUCACCUGCAAACAAACGAAUUUGCGCCUGAUUUCUUUUGCUCCUCCGAUUACUAGACGGUAACUCCCUGAGAUCGGAGUUUAAUAACAUAUAUCAAGAUGUUCAAUCGGCUAUUCGGGAAACCUAAACAGGAGACAAAUGCCUUGGCCACGUUAGACAAGUUAAACGAGACUCUUGAAAUGCUAGAGAAAAAGGAGAACGUCCUUCUGAAAAAGGCUGCAACAGAGGUUGAAAGGGCAAAAGAAUUCUCAAGGGCAAAAAAUAAAAGGGCGGCUAUACAAUGCUUGAAGAGAAAGAGGCUAUAUGAACAACAAAUUGAGCAGCUUGGAAAUUUCCAGCUGCGCAUUCAUGAUCAAAUGAUAAUGUUAGAAGGUGCUAAAGCAACAACUGAAACUGUUGAUGCAUUGAGGACUGGAGCAGCUGCCAUGAAGGCAAUGCAGAAAGCAACGAAUAUUGAUGAUGUUGACAAAACGAUGGAUGAGAUAAAUGAGCAGACGGAGAACAUGAAACAGAUUCAGGAAGCAUUGUCCACUCCGCUUGGAGCUGCAGCUGAUUUUGAUGAGGAUGAGUUAGAAGCAGAGCUUGAAGAACUUGAAGGUGCUGAGUUGGAAGAACAGCUUCUACAGCCGGCAACAACCACCCCUGCAGCUCCAGUGCAGGUGCCUUCUGGCAAGCAACCAGUGCGUCCUGCACCUCAAAAGCGUACUGCCGAGGAGGAUGAACUGGCCGCCUUGCAGGCAGAAAUGGCACUUUAAGUGGUAUAUUUCAGUUUAAUUCACACGUCUAGAUUUGUGUAAAGGCACAGACCAUGUAUAUAGAGAUUGCAUAAACUGAUUGUCCUCCUUAUUUUAUUAGAGCAAUGUUAAACAUAUGAAAAUUUAUUCAUAAAAUGAUGUGUUCAGUACUUGUGAACUCAAUGUUAAUCGAAA